ACUUGAUUGUGCAAAAGAUGCUGAUAAGACAUUUUGCAUAAAAAGGCACAAACGCCGCAAAAACGAAUAUAGUAACGAAUUAUUUUUCGAAUCUAAACGAUGACAACGAAUAAAAUAUCCAGUGUAUUCCUAUUGCUUGUGCUUUCAGCACUUGCACGAAGCCAAGAACUUGUGGAAACAUCUUCUCCCACUAACUCAGCUCAAGGCGGUGCAACCAAUAUAAACUGUAAUGGCAAAAUUGCGGUCUGUGUGGGUCCUCUUAUGUACAAGGAUUGUGUCAGCAAUGCUAGAGGUGAAAUGUUUGCCAGUGGAAGUGCCAAGCUGUGUCCAACGAACUCUAGAUGUGUAAAUGAUGGUGUUGAAAUAUGUGUACCUUUGAAAACAUCAACUGAUGCACCGGUAACCGAAGUUGCUGUCAAUACCACAGCUAAUGUUGCUGUACCUAGUCCCUCAACCGAGGGUCCUCUAUCGACAUCAGCCGCUGUUGCAACAAGCAGCACACCAAUUGCUUCACCUGAACCUUCUGCUGCCCCAGUUGAAACUUCAGCUGCCCCAGUUGAAUCUACUGCUGCUCCAGUUGAAUCUACUGCUGCCCCUAUUGAAACUUCUGCUGCGCCAGUUAUUCCAACUGAAACAUCGGUAGCUCCUGUUGAACCUUCUGCCUCACCAGUUGAAACUACUACUGCUCCAAAUGAAACUACUAGUACUCCCUUGGAAACAACAAUAAUUCCUGAUGUACCACAGGAUACAACAAUAUUACCUACAUUGGCUCCCGAGUUACCAGUGGAAACAACCGUUGUUCCAGAGGAAACAACACUUGCUCCGCUUGAUCCAAGUUUACCAGAGGGAACUACAACCGGACCUUUAGAUCCAGUUAAUCCCAAUACACCUGUAGACCCAACAUCUGGACCAGAAAACCCAAACUCACCAAUAGUAUCAACAAUUGUACCUGUCGAUCCAAACACUCCAGCCGAAACUACUACUGCCUCUCCAGUAGAUCCCAAUGCACCUGUAAAUCCAACAAUUGCUCCGGUUUAUCCCACAGAUCCAGUUGAUCCUAAUGCGCCAAUGGAUCCCAACAGUCCAGUAGAUCCCAAUAGUCCAGUUAAUCCCACAGAUCUGCCAGUUGAUCCCACUGGACCAGUAGAUCCGACUACUCCUUUAGAUCCAAAUACAACGGUUGAUCCCAAUUUACCAGUUGACCCAACAUCUUUACCUAUAGACACAACCAACCUGCCAGGUGAAACAACAUAUAAUCCUAUUGAUACAACCACCCUGUCAGCUGACCCAACAUCUGUUCCUGUUGAUACUACAAAUGGGCCGGCUGAUCCCAAUACCACAGUCGAUCCAACUACACCAGUAGAUUCUACCACAAUUCCUGCUGAUCCUACAUCCGGACCAGUUGAUCCCAAUGCACCAGUUGAUCCAAAUGCUCCUGUAGAUCCAAAUACACCAGUUGAUCCCAGUGCACCAGUUGAUCCCAAUGCUCCAGUUGAUCCCAAUGCUCCUGUAGAUCCCAAUGCACCAGUUGAUCCCAACGCACCAGUUGAUCCCAAUGCACCAGUUGAUCCUAAUGCUCCUGUAGAUCCAAAUACACCAGUUGAUCCCAGUGCACCAGUUGAUCCCAAUGCUCCAGUUGAUCCCAAUGCUCCUGUAGACCCAACUGCACCAACUGAUCCCAAUGCUCCAGUUGAUCCCAAUGCACCAGUUGACCCUAAUGCUCCAGUUGAUCCCAAUGCACCAGUUGAUCCCAAUGCUCCUGUAGAUCCCAAUGCACCAGUUGAUCCCAACGCACCAGUUGAUCCCAAUGCUCCUGUAGACCCAACUGCACCAACUGAUCCCAAUGCUCCAGUUGAUCCCAAUGCACCAGUUGAUCCUAAUGCUCCAGUUGAUCCCAAUGCACCAGUUGAUCCCAAUGCACCAGUUGAUCCCAACGCACCAGUUGAUCCCAAUGCUCCUGUAGACCCAACUGCACCAACUGAUCCCAAUGCUCCAGUUGAUCCUAAUGCUCCAGUUGAUCCCAAUGCACCAGUUGAUCCCAAUGCACCAGUUGAUCCCAAUGCUCCUGUAGAUCCCAAUGCACCAGUUGAUCCUAAUGCUCCUGUAGAUCCAAAUACACCAGUUGAUCCCAGUGCACCAGUUGAUCCCAAUGCUCCAGUUGAUCCCAAUGCUCCUGUAGACCCAACUGCACCAACUGAUCCCAAUGCUCCAGUUGAUCCCAAUGCACCAGUUGAUCCUAAUGAUCCAGUUGACCCCAAUGCACCAGUUGAUCCCAAUGCUCCUGUAGAUCCCAAUGCACCAGUUGAUCCCAAUGCUCCUGUAGACCCAACUGCACCAACUGAUCCCAAUGCUCCAGUUGAUCCCAAUGCACCAGUUGAUCCCAAUGCACCAGUUGAUCCCAAUGCACCAGUUGAUCCUAAUGCUCCAGUUGAUCCCAAUGCACCAGUUGAUCCCAAUGCACCAGUUGAUCCCAAUGCUCCUGUAGAUCCCAAUGCACCAGUUGAUCCCAAUGCUCCUGUAGACCCAACUGCACCAACUGAUCCCAAUGCUCCAGUUGAUCCCAAUGUCCCAGUUGAUCCCAAUGCACCAGUUGAUCCUAAUGCUCCAGUUGAUCCCAAUGCACCAGUUGAUCCCAAUGCACCAGUUGAUCCCAAUGCACCAGUUGACCCCAAUGCUCCAGUUGGUCCCAAUGCUCCUGUAGACCCAACUGCACCAACUGAUCCCAAUGCUCCAGUUGAUCCCAAUGCACCAGUUGAUCCCAAUGCUCCAGUGGAUCCCAAUGCACCAGUUAAUCCCAAUGCUCCUGUUGAUCCCAAUGCACCAGUUGAUCCCAAUGCUCCAGUUGAUCCCAAUGCACCCGUUGAUCCCAAUGCACCAGUCAACCCUAAUGCACCAGUUGAUCCCAAUGCUCCUGUAGAUCCCAAUGCACCAGUUGAUCCCAAUGCUCCUGUAGACCCAACUGCACCAACUGAUCCCAAUGCUCCAGUUGAUCCCAAUGCCCCAGUUGAUCCCAAUGCACCAGUUGAUCCUAAUGCUCCAGUUGAUCCCAAUGCACCAGUUGAUCCCAAUGCACCAGUUGAUCCCAAUGCACCAGUUGACCCCAAUGCCCCAGUUGAUCCCAAUGCUCCUGUAGACCCAACUGCACCAACUGAUCCCAAUAUUCCAGUUGAUCCCAAUGCACCAGUUGAUCCCAAUGCACCAGUUGACCCUAAUGCUCCAGUUGAUCCCAAUGCACCAGUUGAUCCCAAUGCACCAGUUGAUCCCAAUGCUCCUGUAGAUCCCAAUGCACCAGUUGAUCCCAAUGCUCCUGUAGACCCAACUGCACCAACUGAUCCCAAUGCUCCAGUUGAUCCCAAUGCACCAGUUGAUCCCAAUGCUCCAGUAGAUCCCAAUGCACCCGUUGAUCCCAAUGCACCAGUCAACCCUAAUACACCAGUUGAUCCCAAUGCUCCAGUAGAUCCCAAUGCCCCAGUUGAUCCCAAUGCACCAGUUGAUCCUAAUGCUCCAGUUGAUCCCAAUGCACCAGUUGAUCCCAAUGCACCAGUUGAUCCCAAUGCACCAGUUGACCCCAAUGCCCCAGUUGAUCCCAAUGCUCCUGUAGACCCAACUGCACCAACUGAUCCCAAUACUCCAGUUGAUCCCAAUGCACCAGUUGAUCCCAAUGCACCAGUUGAUCCUAAUGCUCCAGUUGAUCCCAAUGCACCAGUUGAUCCCAAUGCACCAGUUGAUCCCAAUGCACCAGUUGACCCCAAUGCUCCUGUAGACCCAACUGCACCAACUGAUCCCAAUGCUCCAGUUGAUCCCACUGCACCAGUUGAUCCCAAUGCUCCAGUGGAUCCCAAUGCACCAGUUAAUCCCAAUGCUCCUGUUGAUCCCAAUGCACCCGUUGAUCCCAAUGCACCAGUCAACCCUAAUACACCAGUUGAUCCCAAUGCUCCAGUAGAUCCCAAUGCACCAGUUGAUCCCAAUGCUCCUGUUGAUCCCAAUGCACCAGUUGAUCCCAAUGCUCCAGUUGAUCCCAAUGCACCCGUUGAUCCCAAUACACCAGUCAACCCUAAUGCACCAGUUGAUCCCAAUGCUCCAGUAGAUCCCAAUGCACCAGUUAAUCCCAAUGCUCCAGUAGAUCCCAAUGCACCAGUUGAUCCCAAUGCUCCAGUAGAUCCUAAUGCUCCGGUUGAUCCCAAUGCACCAGUUGAUCCUAAUGCCCCAGUUGAUCCCAAUGCACCAGUAGAUCCCAAUGCACCAGUUGAUCCUAAUGCUCCAGUUGAUCCCAACGCACCAGUUAAUCCCAAUGCUCCAGUAGAUCCCAAUGCACCAGUUGAUCCCAAUGCUCCAGUUGAUCCCAAUGCUCCAGUGGACCCCAAUGCACCAAACAACCCUAAUACACCAGUUGAUCCCAAUGCUCCAGUAGAUCCCAAUGCACCAGUUGAUCCUAAUGCUCCAGUUGAUCCCAACGCACCAAUUAAUCCCAAUGCACCAGUUGAUCCCAAUGCUCCAGUUGAUCCCAAUGCUCCAGUUGAUCCCAAUGCUCCUGUUGAUCCCAAUUCACCAGUCAACCCUAAUGCACCAAUUGAUCCCAAUGCUCCAGUAGAUCCCAAUGCACCAGUUGAUCCCAAUGCUCCUGUUGAUCCCAAUUCACCAGUCAACCCUAAUGCACCAGUUGAUCCCAACGCACCAGUAGAUCCCAACGCACCAAUUGAUCCCAAUGCUCCAGUAGAUCCCAAUGCACCAGUUGAUCCCAACGCACCAGUAGAUCCCAACGCACCAAUUGAUCCCAAUGCUCCAGUAGAUCCCAAUGCACCAGUUGAUCCCAAUGCUCCUGUUGAUCCCAAUUCACCAGUCAACCCUAAUGCUCCAGUGAUCCCUAAUAUACCAGUUGAUCCCAACGCACCAAUCAACCCUAAUGCACCAGUCAAGCCUAAUGCACCAGUUGAUCCCAAUGCUCCAGUUGAUCCCAAUGCUCCAGUAGAUCCCAAUGCACCUGUUGAUCCCAAUGUUCCUGUAGAUCCAAAUACUCCAGUCAACCCUAAUGCACCAAUUGAUCCCAACGCACCAGUCAACCCUAAUGCACCAGCUGAUCCAAAUGCUCCUUUGAACCCGAAUUCUCCAAUCAAUCCUAAUAUUCCCCUGCAUCCCAUUAUACCUGGCCGCCCAGGAAGACCCGGAUAUCCAAGUCGUCCUCAUCCAGAUUGGCCACAUUCGGGUAGCGGAAUCCAUCAAAUUAUUCCGCAUCAUCCAAUCAGACCUGAACGUCCUGGUAGACCUGGUCGUCCAAGCCAACCAGAACUUUCAGAGAAACCAGAAACUGCAGAAACUGAAUCUACAGAAUCCAAGGAACCUGUGAAACAAAAACCUAUUUCCAACGAAGAUGCUUCAGUAGAAGACAAAUCAAAGGAGCAGAAGGAUAAGAAGGAAGAGGAGAAGAAAAAGAAAGAGCUAGAAAAGAAGAGAAAGGAGGAAGAAAAGAAAAAGAAGGAAGAAGAAAAGAAAAAGAGGGAGGAAGAAAAGAGAAAGAGGGAGGAAGAAAAGAAAAAGAGGGAGGAAGAAAAGGAAAAAAAUGAUACAAAAGAAUCCAGUGAGAAGAGCGAAGAAAAGGAAAAGCAAAAAGAGGAGGCCAAAAAAGAACUAAUCAAGAAGAUCCUAAAGAAGAUCAAGAAUGACAAGUGUAGUGAAGAUGAUAUAUAUCCCGAUGUGAGAGACUGUAAGAAAUACUAUCGUUGUGUUGAAAAAUCAGAUGACACAAAAUUCGUUCACUUACAUUGCGAUGAUGACAAGCAAUUCGACUUCGAAGAUAAAAAAUGUGUAAAAAAGAACAAGGUACACUGUUUGCUUAAAGAUGAAUAAAAACUGGAAACUUAAGCUAGAUAUGCCGACUUGAAUGCUGAAUAACUGUAUAUUUUAUAAUUAUAUUUUUAAAAUCUGUCUAAAAAUUAAUAAUAUUAUAGAUCCUAUUUAUUAAACGAAAAAAACAAUGUAAAUCCUCAAAAUUAAACUUAAUAAAAUUUAAAUAUUCGAUUUGAUAUUAGCAAUCAAAAAAUAGACUGUUGUUUGUUCUAAACAUUUAAAAGGAAAUAA